CAGUUUUUUUCAGACGUCAAUAUCUGUUUUAAUGUCUGUCCUCUUUCUGCUGCCUUCCCUCAGGAGUCCUUCAAUAAUGUCAAACAGUGGCUACAGGAAAUCGACCGCUACGCCAGCGAGAACGUCAACAAGCUGCUAGUAGGCAACAAGUGUGACCUCACAACGAAGAAAGUCGUGGAUUACACCAUAGGUAAGGAAUUUGCCGAAAACAUGGGCAUCCCCUUCGUGGAGACCAGCGCCAAGAGCGCCACCAACGUGGAUCAAGCCUUCAUGAACAUGGCGGCGGAGAUCAAGAAGAGGAUGGGCCCCGGGGCCACGGCCAGGUCCUCGGAGAAGUCCAACGUGAAGAUCCAAAGCAAGCCGGUCAACACCUCGUCCGGAGGCUGCUGCUGACCCCCAUAUCUGUGAUGGUUUCAUCUGAAUAAUACCCAGAGAGAGACAUUUUGAAACAGCCUAUCUCCUCGCUGAUGGUCUUGUUUGCUCAUAUCAUGUCAUGUAAAGGCAUCAGCACUAUAUUGAUUGUUUCAUAAACACAAGAUGAGAAAUCUGAGUUCUUCUUUCACCACUGCUUAAAAGUUGAGUAAAAGUAGAAGUAGCAGGAGGAAUACUCUGUUACAGUAAAAGUCCUGCAUUCAAAAUGUAACUCAAGUAAAAGUAUUAUCAUCAAAAUAUAGUUAAAGUACCAAAAGUAAAAGUAUUCAUUGUGCAGAUUGAUCCAUUUCAGAAUAAUCUAUAUGAUAUGUUUUAUAAUGAUUGAUCAUGAAAGUGUUCUCAAAGCAGGUAAAGGUGCAGCUAGUUUGAAUGACUUUGUAUACUGCAGGGUAGCUUGUGAAAGUAAACUAAAGUCUGAUUUAACACUUGAUUAUAUUUCACAUCAUUCAUCAGAAUCUGAAAAUUAACUAAAGGUACUAAAUAAAUGUACUGGGGUCAAAUGUAUUAUUUAUAUUUAGCUCUGAAUUGUAUUGGAGUAGUACAAAGUAGCACAGAUUAGAAGUACCUCAAAAUGGUAUUUAAGUACAAUACUUUAGUGAAUAUUCUUAGUUACUUUACACCACUUAACAGCAGUUAAACUUCACUUCACUUUUUACACUUUUAUUCAGAAGUUAUAGCCUUCUAAAAAUAUUUGAUGUCUCCAGAUUUACAAAAUAAAGAUUUUGCUGAUUUGACUUUCAA